AGAGAGAGACGAGAAACUCCGAAGGAGAAGGGAGUGAGAGUGAGCGAGUCAGCCGGCAGCCCGAAUCCCCUCCCUCCCCUUGACUCGGGAUGUCCGGCAGCGUGGGGAUGGUGACCUGGACCCUGUUCCUCCUCCUCCUCCUCGCACCUGGCUGGGUAGAACCGCAGGCCUGCACGUACCCAUGCCAGUGUCCCUCGCAGCCUCUGCAGUGCCCUGCUGGCACCAGCCACGUGUUGGAUGCCUGCGGUUGCUGCAAGGUGUGUGCCAGGCAGCUUGGCGAGCUCUGUUCCCUUCAGAAGCCCUGUGAUCAUCACAAGGGACUCUACUGCGACUUCUCCAAAAUCCACAGAGGCAGCGGGAUCUGCUUAGCUCACGAGGGUGCGACGUGUGACCUGCUGGGCAAGAUCUACCACAACGGGGAGAGCUUCCAGCCCACCUGCAAGCUGCAGUGCAUCUGCAUGGACGGGGCCAUCGGCUGCAUCCCCCUGUGCUCCGAUGACCUGCGGCUGCCGUCCCCUGAGUGCCCCAACCCGCGGCGGGUGAAGUUUCGCAACAAAUGCUGCGAGGAGUGGAUCUGCGAGGAGGGCAGCGAGGAAAACCGCUUCGAAACAGCCAUGGCAGUUUUCAGGGAGGAUCCAGCACGCAAGCCGGAGCUGAACAAUGUGCAGGAGAACUGCUUGGUGCAGACCACCGAGUGGAGCGCCUGCUCCAAGAGCUGUGGCAUGGGCAUCUCUGCGCGGGUCACCACCAACAACCCCCAGUGCCGCCUGGAGAAGGAGACCCGGCUCUGCAUGGUCCGGCCCUGCGACUUCCCCACGGAGAAGACCAAGAAGGGGAAGAAGUGCGUGCGGACCCCGAAGCCACGCCAGAGCCUCCACUUCGAGUUUUCGGGCUGCACCAGCACCCGUUCCUACCGGCCCAAGUUCUGCGGCAGCUGCACAGACGGACGCUGCUGCACCCCGUACGUCACCAGCACCGUGGAGGUGGAGUUCCGCUGCCCCGAGGGGGACUUCUUCCAGAGGAAGAUGAUGUUCAUCAAGAUGUGCUCCUGCCACUACGACUGCCCCCGAGACAACGACAUCUUCCUGGCCACGUACCACCGGAGGAUGAUCGGAGACCACGUCAAGACGGAGCGGCAGUAGCCCCCUGCGUGCCAGAUCCACGGGCCGAGGUGUCAGGGGGGCUCUGCGUUGCUUUUGUGGCUGUGUCCCGGGACAUCGCAGCCUCUUCCCCCUCUGUGAGGGGCUGUGCUCUUCACGGCAGCGCCGUUCGCCACCAGUGGUCCCGGUGGCCGUGCUGACAAGCCAAGGUGCCUGGGGGAACAGCCCCUCCUGUCCCAGGCUGCUGACCUGCAACCCGUGGUUGCCCAAAGGUCAGCGAGGGAACUGGAAACAGGCUCGAGCUGCAAACUUGAUCCAUGUUCCCAUAGACGAGACGGGAGAGCGGAUCAAAGCCGCAUGGCUCCAGCCUGUCUCCAGCUGAGAGCACGCUGGGUACAGUUCCCCGUGGCCUCUGGCCUGCCAAAACCGUGGCAAACCCAGAGAAUGAGACGGGGGAAGUCCGGGAGGCCUGAGCUAGCGCAGGGCUCUGCAGCCUCUUUUCCAGCAGAGCGGGGCUCUGGUGGGUGCGGAUGCGAAGCGUCUUGGUGAGGGAAGUGGUCCUGGCCCCGUGCUGAGCUCCUGCUGAGCCUUUCAUUUAUUUUUGGCUAAUUGGACCCAACAAGUUGGCAACAUCUCUCCCCCAUCCCUCUGCCCACCUUUCCCCCUGCCACCUGCUUUCCCACCAGCAGCUUUGUUCCAGACCAGUUUGCUCCCGGAGAGGCCGGAUCCUCCACUGGGUGGCUUGUCCUACAGGCAGCUCCAGGCUCUUUUUUUUUCCUAUUCAAUUCCUUUUAGUUAUUUCAAUUCCUCAUGUGCCCGUGAGGAUGACAGCAAAGAGGCAGAAGGGAGCAGUGAGCUGUGCAGUGUCCUUGCAGGAGCCCUGGUGUGGCUCGCGGCCUCCUUCAGAAGAUCCAAGCCCAGGAAGGAUUUCCUGUGGAGAAGAAAGGAUUCAGCCAGGCUGCAGCUCUGCCUCUGGUGUUGGCUGCGCUCCUCUCCCUGGUGCCUGUUUCAGACCCAGGGAGCUCUUCCAGCAUGAGGUGGGGGUGAGCCAGGCUGCCUGUCUGAAGCGUGUCUCCUGUGGGGGCUGCUCAUGGCAGAUUUUAGCGCAGCGAGGAGCGUUUCUAUGGUCCCAGUCUGCAGUCACUUCAGAAGUGGCCGGGGCAGCCGGGCUUUGCUGGCUCACGCGUGCCCGGCGGGGCUGCGGCUGCGUUUCGGCUCUGGAGCCUGCUGCCUGUGGGUCAGGAGCUGGAGGAGCACGGUUCAGCUCAUUCAUCUCCCUGGGGAGUCUCAGGGGCUGGCGAGAGCAGUGCCUGGGUUUGUAAACGGAGCGGGGCUCUGGAGUUAGGCAGGGCCAGGGCCAGUCCUUGGUGCUGGGGUUCUCCACGUUCCCUGCUCGCCACGGACCCGUGCUGAGCCUCGCAGCCGGUAGCGACCCGGGGCCGGCCACCGGCGUCCCCAUGAGCCCCCGGCCAGGCUGAGGCUGCCCCGUGCAUCUGGGCAGCUUCGUGUUACCUGCCGAGGCCACCGGACGCAUUUAGUCUGCUGAUUUCAGCAGAAGCAUCCGGGUGAGGGCCUGACCUUGCUCCUUAACCCUUCCCUGCCUUCACCCUUCUGUCAUCGCUGCAAUGAAUUCCUGUCCCAGCUGGGCAGGAGCAGGGGCUGCGCUGCGGCACUGAGCCCUGCCCCAUCACCGCUCUCGUUUUGGGGCAGAGCUCAGUGUCAGAGGAGAAACCGAGCUGCUCACAAACUUGGCCACCAAAACGCCGCCACGAGGCCAGCGUCCUGCAUCCGCCCCUCGCCUCUCGCUCUCAGCCUGCAGAAGCUCGCGAGCCUUCAUCCUCCAGUUACGUGUAAUCAGUUAUAACUGUAAAUAAUUCACAGGAUUAUUUCUGAGGUUGUUUCUUUCCUUUGUAAAGCUCUUUGUACAGUUUUUGUACCCUGUUAUCGCAACCUUGCUCGGGGCCUCUUCGUGAUGGAGAUUUUCCCCUUGCCCUCCACUUCGGGUCUUGACUUUUCUCCUGCUGUUUACACGGCUUCUGAGCGUAAAACUAAGCCAAGGCUGCAUCUCACUCGCCGCUAAUAAAUCUAUUUUGUAU